CCGCCCAUCACACAGUCAGCGUGAGGAAGCUGAGCUGCUCCUGAUAUUUAUCCACUUCAACACGGAUUCAUCCAACUGAAGAGUCAAGAGAUGUGGAAGUCGGUCGUGGGCCACGACGUGAGCAAGCAGGUGGCUGCGGGGGGCGAUGACUGGGAGACGGACCCUGACUUCGAGAAUGACGUAUCCGAGCAGGAGCAGCGCUGGGGAGCCAAGACCAUCGAGGGCUCAGGACGCAAAGAGCACAUCAGCGUUGCGGAGCUCAGAAGCAAAGUGGCUUCGGAGCACGAGCAGGUGAAGCAGAGAGAACAAACUCCUAAAGCAUCGUACGGAUACGGAGGGAAGUUUGGCGUGGAGAGGGACCGAAUGGACAAGGUGGCUGUGGGUCACGACUAUGUGUCCCAGGUCGAGCAGCACUCCUCCCAGAGAGAUGCGGCACAAGGGUUUGGCGGGAAAUUUGGCGUUCAGAAAGACCGUGUUGACCAGUCUGCCAUGGGCUUUGAAUACAAAGGGGAAGUGCAGCAACAUGCAUCUCAGAGAGAUCAUUCAAAGGGAUUUGGAGGAAAGUACGGAGUGGAGAAGGACAAAGUCGACAAGGCCGCUCUGGGGUACGAAUAUAAAAGCCAGACGGAGAAGCACCAGUCGCAAAAAGACUACGCGAAGGGAUUUGGAGGAAAAUACGGCGUGGAGACGGAGAAGGUGGACAAAGCAGCUUUGGGUUACGACUAUAAAGGAGAAACUGAGAAGCAUCAGUCACAGAGAGAUUAUUCAAAGGGAUUCGGGGGGAAGUUCGGCGUGGAGAAGGAGAAAGUGGAUAAAGCAGCUUUGGGCUACGACUAUAAAGGGGCGACGGAGAAACAUCAGUCCCAAAAAGAUUAUUCAGCAGGUUUCGGUGGUCGAUAUGGAGUACAGGCCGACCGCCAAGAUAAGAGCGCAGUCGGCUUCUCAGAUAUGGACGCACCGACCUCUGCUUAUGAAAAGACACAACCCCUGGAGGCCUCGUCAGUGGGUGCAGGAAAGCUGAAGGCUCGUUUUGAGAACAUGGCCAAAGCUUCAGACGAGGAGAACAGGAAGAAAGUAGAAGACGAGCGAGCGAGGAGACAGGCCAGAGAGAAGAGAGAGCGAGAGGAGGCCAAACGUAGACAGCAGGAGCAGAGCAGCAAAGAGGAGGAAAGCUGUCCACCUCCUGUUCCAGAUGUGGCUCCAGAGUACGAAAUGCCAGCAGAAAUACACCAUCACGUGCCAAAGAUACAAGAAAGACGAGCACCAGAACCAGAACCAGAGCCUGAACCAGAGCCUGAACCAGAAUAUGAGCCUGAACCAGAAUAUGAGCCAGAGCCUGAGCCAGAGCCUGAGUAUGACGAUGAACCAGAGUACGAAGAGCCUCCAGCUUUGCCUCCACGCUCAGAAGAUUUACUCGAACCUGAAGGCCCACCGCUUCCUGAGAGGUCGGCAGAGGUGGAGUACGAUGACGCGGAAUAUGAGGAAAUUGCUGAACGACAUCCUCCUCCUCCUCCUGCGGACACAGCUGUGGACAAUGACUAUGAAGACCUGACGGGUGGAAGGCAGGCAGUAGCCAUUUACGACUAUCAGGGAGACGCGGACGAUGAGAUCUCCUUCAACCCGGACGAUGUGAUCACCAACAUAGAGAUGAUCGACGAAGGCUGGUGGAAGGGAGAGUGUCAUGGACGCACCGGCCUGUUCCCUGCUGCUUACGUUCAGCUCAAGUAGUUUGGGACUUUUUGCUUCACUUUAAACAAUCUCAGAUUUCUCAGGUUGUUCAACAGAGGGAAUUCAGCUCUGUAUUUAUACAAUAAAUGUUUCUGAUCAGAUGAUUUCAAUCAUCUUACUGUUGUGUCUCACUCUGUGGUGAUGACUCUCUUAAAUAAUAUGACCAACAAAUGUUCACGUGCAUCCUGACAAUAAACUGGAGUCAAUGAACUAUUCUACAG